AAACAAGGGGGAACUGGCCCAAGGACGAAUGGCGUGGGACUGAGAAAACCUAGAUCUUAGGACUGUCCGGGGCAUCUGGAGGAUAACCCCGCCACUACCACCACCACUCCCCACUUUGGACAGGACGGGAAACGGAGACCCCGGGAGGGAAGGGAACUUGCCCAAAGUCACACAGCUAGGAGCCAGUCGAGGCAGGAUUUCCAGGCCAGGUCCACACCGUUCAGGUCCAGAGCUCUGACCACAGCUCCCAGCCACCUCUCCUGAGGACCAGUGAGGGGGAGGAGUGAAAGGGAGCAAAGGAGAAGGGGGAGGGGUAGUAGACCGGGAAGGGACGGCCACAGCCCAGGGGCCAAGGUCCCCUGCCCUUCCCCCAUCCCCACCUUCCUGCACCUCCUGCCUAAGCUAAUUCUCUCUGAGUUGGAGGUUUCUGGCAGAGGCUCUAGGCUCGUCAUGGUGCAGCAACAGGUGCUCUACCGGGCUCUAGUUUCCACCAAGUGGUUGGCCGAGUCGGUCCGCGCCCGGAAGCUGGGCCCGGGCCUGCGGGUGCUCGACGUGUCCUGGUACCCACCUCUGCAGCGCAACGCGCGCCAGGAGUACCAGGAACGCCACAUCCCCGGCGCCUCCUUCUUCGACAUCGAGGAGUGCCGGGACCAGGCGUCUCCCUACGAGAUGAUGCUGCCCAGCGAGGCCUCCUUCGCCAGCUACGUGGGCCGCCUGGGCAUCAGCAACAACACGCACGUGGUGGUGUACGACGGCGACGACCUGGGCAGUUUCUACGGCCCGCGAGCCUGGUGGAUGUUCCGGGUCUUUGGCCACCGCACCGUGUCGGUGCUCAAUGGGGGCUUCCGCAACUGGCUGCAGGAGGGGCACCCGGUGACCUCGGAGCCCACGAACCCCGAGCCCGCGGUCUUCAAAGCCAGGCUCGACAAUUCCCUGCUCAAGACUUAUGAGCAGAUGAUGGAAAACCUCGAGUCCAAGCGCUUCCAGAUGGUGGACUCCCGGUCCCGGGGGAGGUACCUGGGGACAGAGCCGGAGCCUGAUAGCAAAGACCUGGAACCCGGCCACAUCCCCGGUAGCCUGAACAUGCCCUUCACAGAGUUCCUGACGGCAGAAGGCUUUGAGAAGAGCCCCGAGGAGAUCCGGGCUAUGUUCAAGGAGAAGAAAGUGGACCUCUCGAAGCCACUCAUUGCCACCUGCCGCAAGGGGGUCACCGCUUGCCACAUCGCCCUUGCCGCCUACCUCUGUGGCAAGCCUGAUGUAGCCGUAUAUGAUGGCUCCUGGUCUGAGUGGUUCCGGCGGGCACCCCCCAAGCUUCGGGUCUCCCAAUGGAAGGGAGGGAAAGCCUGAGGAGGGAUGGGGAAAGGAGGAGACUCGACUCUCUCCCUGCCCUCUCCCUUCUCUUAGAUCAACCACUUGGGCUGUUGAGGAUCUAAGGGCUCAUCUUUGCCUUACCUACAAUCCUCUCUGAAAUGAUGUCUGGUUUAUACUUUUGUUUUUCCUUACUAGUUUUUGUAAAAGGGAUCAAAGAGCUUCUGGGGUAGCUGUACAAAGACUUCCCUCAUCCUUCCUUGUCAGCUCUGGAAUAAACUCUACUUUUUCUGAGA